UUCAGAAUCUUUAUGUCAUUUACUAUUGUACAGCGACGUACAAUCAAAUCUAGGAUCAAGAUUUUCGACCUCUAUUUCAAAUUCCGUCGCGGAAUUCAUUGCUGCAGCCACAGCUCAACCGACGACGAGUCUUUCUUCACUUCCCUUCUCGAAAAAUCUGCACACACAGCCCAUCUCAAUCAAAUCCACAACCAGUUAUACAUACACGGCCUCCACGAGAACGGUUUCAUAAUAACCAAGUUCAUCAAUACAAGUUCAAAUCUCAGAGAAAUCGACUACGCACGCCAUGUGUUCGACGAAUUUCCCGACAAGUAUGUUCACUUAUGGAAUGCGAUUAUCAGGGGGUAUUCCAUGCAUAACAUGCUGGAUAAAGUUAUCCAAGUGUACUCCACAAUGCACCGGGCUUCCGUUAGUCCCGAUGCUUUUACGUUUCCUCAUGUACUUAAAGCAUGUGGCGGCUUACAGAAUAUCGGAUAUGGUCGGGUGGUUCAUGCGCAAAUUUUCAGACACGGGUUUGAAAAAGAUGUGUUUUUGCAAAAUGGGCUCUUGUCAUUUUAUAUAACGUGCGAGGAAAAUAAUUGCGCUCGUAUUAUUUUCGAUGGGUUGCGUAGUAAGGAUGUUGUUUCGUGGACUUUGAUGAUCUCUGCUUAUGCUCAGAAUGGGCAGCCUAUGGAAGCAUCGAGGAUUUUUCGAGACAUGAGAAGAUUGCAUGUGAAGCCCGAUUGGAUAGCUUUGGUUAGUGUUAUUAAGGCGUAUUCGGAUAUGGAGGAUUUGAAUCAAGGAAGAUGUCUCCACGGUUUGGUCAUUAAAACAGGACACGAGUUCGAGCUCGAUUUGCGAAUUUCACUUACAUCUCUAUACGCAAAAUGUGGGCAUGUGACAGCUGCAAAAUCUCUGUUCGAUGGAACGGAGGUCGGAGAUGUAAUUCUCUGGAAUUCCAUGAUUUCGGGUUUUGCUAAAAACGGACACGCUACUGAAGCGUUGGAGCUUUUCUUCGAGAUGAUAUCAAGAAACAUUGAGCCCGAUGCCGUGACUGUACAAUCCUCCGUCUUGGCUUCUGCUCAACUGGGGUUGCUCGAUCAAGCGAAAUGGAUUGAAGAUUUUGUCAAUAAUAGUACUUUCAGACACAACGUAAUUGUUCAGACAGCCUUAAUCGACAUGUAUGCAAAAUGUGGAAGCCUAGACUCGGCCCGUGAAAUUUUUAACCGAAUUGAAGACAAAGAUGUAGUAAUAUGGAGUGCGAUGAUAAUGGGUUAUGGCCUACAUGGACGAGGAAGAGAAGCAAUUCAUCUCUUUAAAGAAAUGAAGAAUUACGGGACCCGCCCAAAUGAUGUCACUUUCCUCGGCCUUAUUACAGCUUGCAGUCAUUCUGGUCUCGUAGAAGAAGGAUGGGAAAUUUUCCUCUGCAUGCAAGACUAUGGUAUAGAGCCUCACCAGAAACAUUAUGCAGGUGUAGUCGACUUGUUGGGGCGAGCUGGUUAUUUAGAAAAGGCGUACAAUUUCGUAAAUACGAUGCCCGUUGAGCCAGGUGGCUCGGUUUGGGGAGCUCUAUUGAGUGCAUGUAAGAAACAUCGCUGUGUACAGCUCGGGGAAUAUGCUGCGGAGAAACUUUUCAAUUUAGACCCUUUAAAUAUAGGAUAUUACGUUCAACUCUCCAAUAUUUACGCUUCAUCAAGAAUGUGGGAUGGUGUGGCAAAAGUCAGAGUACUUAUGAAAUCGAAGGGUUUGAACAAAGAUUUUGGAUAUAGUAUGAUCGAGAUUAAUGGGAAGAUGGAGGCUUUUCGAAUGGGCGACAGGUGUCACCCGAGAUCGGACGAGAUAUAUAAGAAGCUCAAGUGGUUGGAGAUUAUGUUAUUGGAGUGCGGAUUUAUUCCGGAUACGGAAUCUGCUUUGCAUGAUUUGGACAAAGAAGAAAAAGAGAUGACUUUGUGCAAUCAUAGUGAGAGAGUGGCGAUUGCGUACGGGCUUAUUAGUACAUCUCGUGGAACUACACUUAGGAUUACGAAGAAUUUACGAGCAUGUGUGAACUGCCAUUUGGCAACCAAAUUAAUAUCGAAGUUUGUCGACAGGGAGAUUGUUGUAAGAGAUGCGAACCGGUUUCAUCACUUUAAGGAUGGGAUUUGCUCGUGUGGAGAUUAUUGGUGAAUGUCUGAAAAAGUUUGACAUCAAUCAAACGAAGCAUGAAGCAGGUAUGCAUGCAGUUUAAAAUGUCGAAAGUAAUUAAUUUUAGUGAAGCACGUUGGUUGGUGACUGAAAUCGAUUGAAGUUUCGGGGUUCUUGAAUGAAAUUUAUAUGGAAAAAAGUUGAAU